UACUGUACUGUGCCAUUUUCUCCUUAGUGUGGAGAAAGGAGGCAGAAAGUGACAACAGAGUGAGUCAACGGACACUGUUUGUCAUCCAGAAUGUCUUGUGAACCAAAAAGCUAUGAUGUUUUUCUCAGUCUUGGUGGAAAAGAUGUUCGUUACACCUUCACUGGUAAUCUCUUUAAUGCUUUGCGCAGCAAGAGAAUUAAGACCCUUUUCAGAGAACAUGAAUAUGAACCUGAGCUACACACUCAUCAAACUAAUAUUUCACCCUCUGUUCUUAAAGCACUACAAACGUCAAAGAUUUCCAUCGUUGUUUUCUCCCCAGAAUAUGCAUCCUCCUCAAGACGUCUCGAUGAACUUGUGGCCAUCCUUGAGUGUAGGAUGAGGACCAACCAACUCGUAUGGCCAAUCUUUUACGGAGUGGAACCCACUGACGUAAGAUUUCAGAGAGGUAGAUAUGAACAAGCCAUGAAUACAUUUGAAGAAAGAUAUUCCCCAGAGAGGAUGAAUAAAUGGAGAUCAGCUUUGGCUGAAGUCAGCAACUUGAGUGGAUGGUUUUACCAAAAGGAGCACAAAUACGAAUAUAAAUUCAUCAGAAAGAUUGUGGAAGCAGCCGUGCAAUCCCUGUCAAGAUAUGAUGUUUUUUUGAGUUUUUGUGGAGAGGAUACCCGCUACACUCUCACAGGUUUUCUAUACAAUGCCCUUAGCCGAGAGGGAUUCAAAAUCUUCAUGGACGAUGAAGAAUUGGAGGGUGGGAACCAAAUUUCUCAAAAGCUAAUGGGAGCAAUAGAAAGUUCAAGGGUUUCAAUUGUUGUGUUCUCUGAAAACUAUGGAUAUUCCACCUGGUGUCUUGAUGAACUGGCCAAGAUCACUGAGUGUAUGAAGACCAAGAAUCAGAUGGUUUGGCCAAUAUUUUACAAUGUGGAAAAGUCGGAUGUAUGCAAUCAAACAAAAAGUUAUGGUGAGGCCAUGACUGCACAUGAAAAAAGGUUUGGGAAGGACUCCGAGAAGGUGCAAAAAUGGAGGUCUGCUUUGUCUCAAAUCACCAACUUGGAAGGAGAGCAUCUCAGUGAAAAUGAGUCUGUUCCAACAUGAAUCUAUCGAAAAGAUUGUGGAACGGCUCAUUAAUAUUGAAGAUGGGAAGCAUAUAGCAAGUCCUUUCCUUGUUCCAAUGACAGCUACGGAGAACAAUGAAUGAAUGAAGACUGUCAAAAUAUACAUGUCGUGGAGCUCUGUGUAUGCAACUGAUACUGGCAUCAGUAACAAUCCUUGAAUUGUGCUUAUCAGUGUUGUUUCUGCAUCCUGUUGCAGUUCCAAUGGUUUUUUGUAUUCCUUUUAAAAUCUCGUAUAAUCCUUGAGGUCUGAUGUGUUUUUUCUGCAUCUUUUGUGAUGAGUGGUGCUAUGUUAGCACAUGGACGUUUUCAUUAGCUUAGGUUCCAUGAAUUAGAAUUUGAAUACUUGCUGUUGAGACAUUAUAAUCUACUCAGACACAAAUAGAAAUAUAGUAUACACAAUUAAAUAUAUAAAAUUCAAUUUUAAUUUUCAUAUGGUUUUUUAUCCGUCCUUAGUUCUUCAUUAACAGAUGUGACAGCUCUAUACAAAGAAAAGAAAGUAUUGUCUUCUUCCUAAAAACGUGAGAUUACAUAAAAUUUCACUAUCAACAAUACCAUGUUUCAUCAAUGGAGCUGUCAUGUGAAACUGCUAAAGGGCACCAAGUGUCGUGAAGCUGAGAGUGUUGCUAUUCAUCCUAACACGAUACUACGAUAUACUGUUGUU